AUGAUAUCGUUAUUAGGUAAAAUUCUUCAUGAACCAAGAGAGGAAUACGCUGCCGGCUGCGCCGCCGGCGUUGCAACCGUCGUCACCGGUCAUCCCUUUGACACAGUCAAGGUGAAGCUGCAAGCUCACAACACUAAUACACAAGUGAAGGAGUAUAGGAAUGCUUUGCAUUGUGCAAGUCGGAUCUUGAGUACUGAGGGAGUAAAAGGAUUGUAUAGAGGUGCAUCGUCUUCCUUUAUUGGGAUGGCAAUUGAGAGCUCCAUCAGUUUUGGUCUUUAUUCUCAAAUGAAGCAGUUUUUGCAGGGAGGAUCUCAAAGCAGUGAGCCCCAACUCCAAGCAAUUGUUCCUUCAGCAGCAUUUGCUGGGGCAGUAAUCAGCUUCAUACUUUGCCCAGCUGAGCUAGUGAAGUGUAGAAUGCAAGUUCAGGGAAGAGAUACAGCAAUUUCUACUUAUGUUAGAUACUCUGGUCCCCUAGAUUGUGCUCUGACAACUGUGAGGAGUGAAGGGGUUACAGGUAUAUUCCGUGGUGGUUUUUCCACUUUAUUGAGAGAAUCUAUUGGAACUGCAACCUUCUUUAGCACUUAUGAAUUGAGCCGUCAUUACCUGAAUUUGCAUCUGACCUCUCUGUCAUCUGCACAUACUCGACUUUCCAAGCCAUUAUCUGAUAUAGGAGUUGGCAUCUUAAGUGGAGGAGUUGCUGGAAUAGCUUUCUGGACUGUUGUUUUGCCGUUUGAUGUUGCGAAAACCAUAAUACAGACCUCACCAGAUCCAAAUUCCAGUAGAAAUCCUUUUGAGACACUAUACUCGAUUUACCAAAGAGUGGGGCUUAGGGGUUGCUAUUCUGGUCUUGGGCCAACAUUAAUAAGAGCAUUUCCUGCAAAUGCUGCUGCAGUUGUUGCAUGGGAGUUUACUGCUAAGUUCUUGGGAGUUAAGCGUGUUACUGAAAAUUGAGGGUUUUGCUAUGCGACGAGGUUUAUUGCUUUUCUGCUUUUUUCGGAUCCAGAAUCUACAAAGGUUAUAUUUAACUAGUCAUCCCUUACAUUUUCAGUCUACAACAGGGAAAUCUGUUCUUGAACUGCUUUUAGAUUCUUUUUAGAAAGUUGAAUCAAAGUUGAAUCCUGGAGUUUUAAUUUUUCCGGGUGAUAGUGGGAAGGAUUUAGUCGUUCCAAUGAGUUGCAUCCCCAGCUCUUACAAGUUACAACACAGAGCCAUGUAGGGUUGAUGUCUAAGAUAACUAAAUCCAUUGAGCAUAUCAUAAAUAUGCUGAUUGUUUUGUCAAAGGUUUCAGUACGUGCUGAACUACAAUAUUUACGGUUGAUUGUUUAAUUUUUUGUAGUUGACAUGUAAUGCGUUUUUAAGUU